AUGUCCCCGGAGGUACUGCCGGAAGCUUUUAUUGUAGUGUGUAGAAGUAUUGUCACUAAACACAUUUUCUUUUUUUUGUCAGCAUUAACCUCAGAAUGGAUCAAGUUCUUCAAAGAUGCUGGUUUGCCACCAACAAUUGCUGCUAAAUAUGCAAUACUCUUCACAGAUCAUAGGAUACAGCGAAACAUGCUGUCUGAUUUAUCAAAGGAAAUUCUGAGUGAUAUGGGUAUUCAAGCUCUUGGUGACAUCAUAGCCAUACUGAAAUACGCCAAAGAUGUUUACACUCAGGAAGAGAGGGAGAAGGUGUACUCAGGCGGGGACAGUGCUGGCAGUGUCAGUGGUAGUAGUACACCAAAACGAGAUACACCUACAAGCAGAACUGUGGCUCGUUAUUUGCCAAGGUCAUAUGAUAUGGGGCCCAUGAACUCGCCCAUGUUAAGUGCCAUCAGCAAAGAGACGACAACGUCAGGUCUUUCAAGAGCACUUGCAGCCAGACUUGGGAAUGCACAGCAAACUUUGGUGGCCAAGCCAUCACCUUCUGUUUCUGGAAGGCUAGGGAAGAGAAAGACGGUUGUCACUACCAAAACUGUAGCUGCCAAGCAAAAGGAAGAGGUUCCUGUCCAGAAGAAGAGGAGGGUACUUCCAGAACAUGAAGGUGGUUACAAGGUGAAGAUGCCAGAGGGAACAACUGCAAAAACCAAGAAAAUACUUGCCAUGCAGAAGAAAAAAGCUACGAAGUCUGUAUUUGAUAGACUUGGUGCUAGCAGCGAAGUGAGCAGUUCAAGUGGUCCAAAGAUAACUAUCACUGUCCCAAAGGAAUCUACUCAGUCUACUAAUGCGAGAUCUGUCUUCGCCCGUCUUGGGCCAGGAGCGAAGAUACAGGCAGCCACAUCAACCUCCUGUGAUGAGGACGUGGUUGAGGAGAUGGAGGUGGAGGAUGAUGAUGACGUGGUCGAAUAUGCCGGCGUACUGAAAACGCCCAAGCCUCGAGUGACCCCGCCUGCUAAGCCAACACCCAGACCGGCAGGAAAGUUCGUCAUCUCAAAGGCCAGCUCCACAAUAGUGUUGAAGAAUGCUGCUGACACAACAAUUGGAGUAGAAAGCGCUGGAAUUUUAGCCGGCAAAGCAAGAACGAAGCCGAGUGUUAUGCAACGCCUCGGCAGUGGCACCCUCCCUACACCCGCCAGCAAGAAUACAAAGGUCAUCAUCACGAAGCCAGUGUCUGCAUCAGUGUUGAGUAGAGCACCUGUGACCAGGGCCAGCACUAGCAAUCUCUUGAUCUCAUCAACCACAGGGGGGCGCAAGAUUGCCACAACAAGAAGUGCGAGCAUCAGUGUACGCAGAGGAGGAGGAGGUGGUGGAAGGGGAGCGCGAGGGGGACGCGGAGGCGCCAGUGGAAAAAGUGGUGGAGUGUUCAGCCGUCUGGGGCGCGUAAAUCUUUAAGCACAUACUAGGAGGCUGGAGCAGGGCUUUUUUGCAUGCAAUUUUUUGUUUAUACUAUUGUUCAGUAGGUUCUACCCAACCCUUAGUUAAUCCAUUGUCUUUAAUAUUAAAUAUCAGAUUGUGUGUUAUCCAAUAAGUUUACCUGAAGAGUUAGUAGAUAGAUUAUAAUGUAGUUAUACAGUAAUUAUAUUUAUGUAGGUUCUGUAACAUCAAGAUGGUGUGUGAACACAGCACUCGACCAUACAGUUUUUCGUGAUAAGAAACUAGUUUAUUAUUACAUUUAUUUCAUUACGAGUGGAGUGUCAAAAUUGUGUCAACAAUCAUGUCAAAAUUGACCAUCCUUUUUCUGAAUAUUGGAAAACAGUUUCUCUCUUUGUAAAUAAACUGAAUUUAAUAAGCACUAA